AUUAUUUAAUUUUUUAUUAAAUGGGUUCUGAAAAGUAAAUAAUGGUUUACAUAUAAGACAUAAGAAAGAAAAAAAAGAGAAGAAAGAAAAGAAGGAAAAGAAGGAGAAGAAAGAAAAGAAAGAGAAGAAAGAAAAAAAAGAAAAGAAAGUAAAUUGAAUCUUUGAUAUUGAAUGUAGGAAUCAGAUGCAGGUAAAAAAAGAUCCAGAAAUGUAAGUAAAGAGAAAGAAAAAAAGAGAGAGGAGUUUUAAAAGCCAAAAAUGCCUGUAAAAGCACCUGCAGAAUAAUCGAGAGGGUAAAUUAUGAGAAAUAAUUGAAAGAUUUCGUUUUGAUUCUCCUCCAAAGGAUCCUUUACAAAACACACCAUUCUCAAGUUUUAAGAGUAAACUUAUAGAAUAAGUAUCUUUGGGAGAGUUUGAAAGUAAUAGAUAGAAAUGAAUUUAGCAAUACUUCCUGCAAAUCCUCUUUAGAAUCCAUUAGCUUCAUUGGAAGCUCUAUAAGCAAUGACACCAUUGAUUUAGAUGCAAAGAUUACAAUAAUUAAGAGCUUAAGCAGAUGUGAAGGCUGAUAGAAAACUUUAUGUUGGAAAUUUACCACCUAAUAGUUAACCAAAAGAAGUAUAACCAAUUUUUAAAGUUAGCUAUAAGAUUUCUUGAAUUAAACAUUAUUAAAAAUGGGUGUAAGUUCUGAACAUGCAGGAUCUAUUUGUAAUUGUUGGAUUGAUUCAAAUGGUUUACUUUAAAUUAUUAAUAAUAUAGGGCAUUUUGGUUUUAUUGAAUUUAGAUCACCUGAAGAAGCUACAUAGGGAUUUAUUUUAAAAGAUGUGAUUUUUAAAGGACAUCAACUAAAGAUUGGAAGACCAAAAUCAUUUUUAACUUCUUUAGCAGCAGUGAAUUAAUAAAUGAUGAGUGAAUAAGCAUGUAAUAAAUUAUAUGUAAAAUUUAUAGUUAAUCCUUUAAGUAGUAUGAAAGGAAAUGAUAAAGACCCAUCUUCACUUAUUAGUUUUAGACCACUCAAGUUAAUGGCCAGAUAUGUGUAAAUACCUACUAAUAUUUUAGUUAUCAAAAAUGUCCUUACUUUUGAAGAUGUUUAAUAUUUAUAAAAUUAUAUAGGUCACUAUAGAUGAGGAAUAUAAUGAUAUUAUGGAUGAUAUUAGAGAAGAAUGCUCUAAAUUUGGAACUGUUAAAAAUGUUAUCAUUCCAAGACCUGAAUUUGGAAAGAUUAUUGUUGGAGUAGGCAAAAUCUUUGUCGAGUAUGAAAAAACAUAAGAAGCCAGAACUGCUAGAAGAUAUUUAGCAGGUAGGAUGUAUGGAGAUAAAACUGUUGAAUGUGAAUAUCUAUCCAGAGACAAAUGGGCUAAAAGAUAAUUUACAGAUCUAAAUGAAGAUAUUCUAAGAGACAGAGAAGAGUAAUAAAGAUUAGAUCAGCUAGAAUAAGAAAGAAUCAAAAAAUAAAUGUAAGAAGAAAUGUUUCAAGGAAAUUGAUUUAAAUAUACAGUCAAAAAUGUUAAUAUUAAGUUUCAU